AGGAAGAACCGACUAAAAGUAGGGCGAAAAAUGAUCAGACAAAACGGAACGAACGUUUGCGAUUUUCUUUUAAAAAUCUCAGCUUAGAUGUUGCCAGAUACCACCUAAUACCCAUUUUGGUUACACCUGGUAGAAGCAGGUGCCUAAUUUUUGACAGCGUUGAUAGACUCGCUAAUAGCUUAAGCAGGCUACCGUCCGUCUGUGACGGUUGGUUUCCUCCGUUUUUGCUUGACGAAUUUGUCCGUUUGAAUUCAUUUUGCAGCGGCUCGGUACUCUUUUUGUGUUUACAUUUGUUGACGUAAAAACAGAGAGAAAUCUCGAAGAAUGGUUCAAAAGGAUAAGACGCUGGAGACUCCUCCAGUGGACGGAGUGCCGAGCCCCAGCCCAGUCUCCGGAGAGGCUUGUGCCGAGGCCCCUGGCCCAACUGAAGAGUCUGGCAUCGUAGUCCAAGCCACGGGCCACCGAAAAUUCAUAAGUGGGGUCGUUGAAGGUUUUUAUGGGCGACCAUGGACAAUGGAGCAGAGGAAGGAGUUAUUCAGAAGGCAGCAGAAAUGGGGUUUGAAUACAUACCUUUAUGCACCCAAAGACGACUACAAGCACAGAAUGUUCUGGAGAGAGCUGUACUCAGUGGAGGAAGCAGAGCAACUGAUGGCAUUAAUUAGCGCUGCCAAGGAGCAUGGAAUAGAGUUUAUUUAUGCCAUUUCACCAGGGCUGGAUAUCACUUUCUCCAACCAGAAAGAGGUUUCUGCUCUCAAGAGGAAACUUGAUCAGGUUACUCACUUUGGCUGCAAAUCAUUUGCCUUACUUUUUGACGAUAUUGACCACAACAUGUGCCCAGCAGACAAAGAGGUUUUCAGCUCAUUUGCACAUGCUCAGGUUUCAAUUACAAAUGAAAUCUACCAGUACUUAGGAGAGCCAGAAACCUUCCUCUUUUGUCCCACAGAGUACUGUGGAACAUUCUGUUACCCAAAUGUUGCUCAGUCCCCCUACCUCCACACAGUUGGAGAGAAGCUACUGCCUAGCAUUGACGUGCUAUGGACAGGACCAAAGGUGGUGUCCAAAGAUAUUUCAGUGGAGUCUAUUGAGGAGGUUUCGAAAAUCCUCAGGCGCGCCCCUGUGAUUUGGGACAACAUUCACGCUAAUGAUUAUGACCAAAAGAGGCUUUUCCUAGGUCCUUACAAAGGCCGCUCCACAGAGCUCAUCCCUAGACUGAAGGGAGUACUAACAAACCCCAACUGUGAGUUUGAGUCCAACUUCGUAGCAAUCCACACUUUGGCCACGUGGUACAAGUCUAACAUGAAUGGGGUGCGCAAGGAUGUAGUCAUGACUGAUGGUGAGGACAGCACAGUGUCCAUCCAGAUCAAAUUAGAAAACGAGGGCAGUGAUGAAGAGCUGGAGACAGACAUGCUCUACAGUCCACAGCUCGCUCUUAAACUGGCUCUCUCAGAGUGGCUUGGGGAAUUUUGUGUUCCUCAUCAAUACAACAGCCGACAGGUGCCUCAGAGCGGUGCCAAAAGCACAGCCAUCGAUGUGUCAUCUAUGGCCGCUCCCUCUCUCUGCUCUUCCACAACAGUCACGACUGUGUUCCAGCAGCCUAUCAUGUCCCCCGCCAUGCCGCCUCUUUGUCUGGAUCCACUCUCACCACUCUCUCACCCCAUGGCAAAAAGACCUCAGGAGGUAGAGGAGGUGGAGGUAGAGAAGAAAGAUUCAGAUGAGGAGCCCAUGGAGAUGGUGGUUGAGAAGAUGGUAGAUGAGCCUGAGCCGGAAGCAGAAGCUGACCCAGAGGAGAAGCAAGCUGGUCCUAUCAUAGCUGACAAAAUGGCUGAGGACCUGAAGCCCAUGGAUACAGACAAGGAGAGUCUGGCAGAGUCAAAAUCCCCAGAAGAGUCAAUCCAGGAAGAUUCUGGGAGUGAUAUCGCCCCCAUGCAAACAGAUGAUCAGCUCAAGCAGGUGCUGCAAACAUUUGAUGUGUUUGUGCCUGGGCCCAAUGAGAAGCCUCUGUUCACAGCAGAGCCCCUCACUCUGGAGGACCUGAGCCUGCUGGCUGAGCUUUUCUACCUCCCUUAUGAACAUGGAAACAAGGCCGUGCAGAUGUUGAGGGAGUUCAACUGGCUAAGAGCCAACAGCAGCGUCGUCAGUGUCAACUGCAAGAGAAAGGAAACUGAAAAGGUAGAAGAAUGGCAUUCAAGGGCAGAGAAGUUUGAGGAGAUGUGCUGCUCAGUCAUCCAGAUGUUCACGCGACUUUCCAAUUCAGCCAACCGCACCAUCCUCUACGACCUUUACCCUUACAUCUGGGACAUCAAGAGCAUCAUUUCUAUGGUCAAGUCUUUUGUCCAGUGGCUCGAUGGAAGAAUCCACAGUACAAGUUUCUACUGCUAUUGGAUCGACAGUGGCCGAUGGUGUCGUAGUCAGUCCUCAGCACAAUUCCUUAGAGGAGACCAAGAGCCCUGGGCCUUUAGGGGAGGUCUAGCAGGAGAGUUCCAGAGAUUGUUGCCAAUAGAUGGGGCAAACGAUCUUUUCUACCAGCCUCCACCUUCAAUGCCAACUUCCAAAAUCUAUUCCAUAAGGCCAUACUUUCCCAAAGAUGAGUCUGCAGUUUAUAAAAUCUGUAGGGAAAUGUACUGUGAAGGACUGGGGGAUUCCCCUUUCUCUGAUGACGAUCCUGACCUCAUAGGAGACAGGUUAGUAGGUGGACUCCUGACGCUGAGCUCAGACUACGGCUUUGUGCUGGAGGAUGAUGAAGGGAUCUGCGGUUAUGCUCUUGGUACAGUGGACGUCAAGCCCUUCAUCAAGAAAUGCAAGUUGAGCUGGAUUCCUUUCAUGCAGGAGAAAUACCACAAACCUGACUGCCAGAAGGACCUCACAGAGGCUGAGAAAAUGAUGCUGAGUUUCCACGAAGAAGAGGAAGGUCUCCCAGACUCCUUCCUCUCCAACUUCCCCUCUCUCAUCAAAGUCGACAUUCACGGCAAGGUCACUGAUCCCAGUGUGGCCAAAAGCAUGAUGGGAUGUCUUCUAUCUUCUCUUAAGGCCAACGGCUCUCGUGGUGCGUUCUGUAAGGUCCGUCAGACUGACAAGAGAAUGUUGGACUUCUAUAGUAAACUGGGAUGCUUUGAAGUGGCCAAAAUGGAGGGCUUUCCCAAAGAUGUCAUCAUUAUGGGACGCAGCCUAUGAAGAAACGCCCUGUUACAAAAACAGAGAAAACGAGUCGACGUGGCUUAAACAUGUUUGCUACCUUCAUGAGAAAAACCUUUGUGAUGAUUUUAUACCACACUACCAUCUGGGCAACCCCUGGAAACCUCUUUUUAGGAUUUGUGUACAGAAGCACAGCAAGCGCACACCCAGAUUUCCCGGGCUGCCCUUAGAUGUUAUGGCUCUGUUUGAUUCAGCAGAUGUGAAGCUAAUAGGCUGAGGAGGGAUCAGAUGGUUGGAGCUGGAAGAGGAGCAUUGAUUUCUGGGGUCCCACUGCUCAUAUACCUCCAGGAGGCAAGACCUGAUAACUCCAUAAGCCCGUUUCUGAUUGAAUCCAGUAGCUAUUACUCAGAAAAUGCCUGCAUGCCCUAACGUGAAGUGUCUGUAUCUGAAAUGGAGCAAGAGCUGUGAAAUGAGGGCGACCUGUAUCUCAGGUAGUGUAUGACUACCCCUACGUCCUGCUUUCCCAGCUGUGACACCGCAGCUGUGGACAGAAAUAGGACACCUUUAACAGGACGUGAAGUGCUACGUCAGAGUUUGCCUUUCAUCAUCACACUAGGGUUUUUCUCUUCAAUAGACUUUAAGAAAGCGGCCUUUUCAGCGGCAUGUUUCUAACUAAAGUGGUGAGUCUGUAGACAUGAAGGGUGGAAAAAUGUAGCUCUUGGGGCUGGUGAGACUCUAUUACACCAGAAAAGGAGAGUUUGUUGAGACUUUAAAAGACUCAACCAGGAGGUCUUCUUAAUUUCCAUUCAAAUAGAAAUAGACAUUUGGAAAGCAAUAGAGAAGCUUCCACAAGUUUACAAACAUUGUUCUCAGCCUGUUUUUGCUCAAUGCUUCGCUUGUGGCCAUUUUUUCCUUUUUUAUAUUCCAGCAAUUUGUUUUUUCUUUUUUCUUAUUCCCUCUUUUUAAGCUACUGCCUUUUGGUUCAUUGCCUUUGGAUUUAGAUUUAUAUAUCAGUCCCCAGUGUCUUCGGACUUUGUAACUUAAGUCCGUCAGAUAAAGCUUGAGGUUAAUUUUGGAUGUUGGCCUUUUUGUUACUCAAAUUCCAGAGAUGUAGCCUGAUAUUGACUGUCACGUCUUCUUUCAGAUCCCAACAGCAGCACUGAAAAUCUUUAGUAGAUCAUCACAGUCAUCCAAAGCUCACUGGUGAUAUAGAUGGGUAAAAAUGAUUAUAAUGACACGCAAAGCAUCUGAAAAGCUGCUCUGAUUUUUCUAAACCAAUGAUUUCUUAACCUGGCUGAGCCCUAAUCUCAGCCCUUAUCUAAACAUGUUCCAUGCUAAAAAAAUAUUUUUGCUUGCUAUUGUUAACAGAAAAUCAUCCAAUUACAUUUGUAGUCUUGCUUCCUUCCUUGCGUUGUGUACUGUUAAACGAAUGUCUUUGCAGUUGAGCCUUGGUGAAGAGCAUUUCAGAGGUUAAAUUCUGUCACCAAAGUGGUACUGACUCCCACGUUUGUUGUUGUUGGGGGCUCUGAGCAACAAUUCUUCUGCCUUUUCCCAUCUGUCCAUUGAAUGUUUCAUAUUCUGAUGCAUUUCCCAUUUGUUUUUGUACAUGUGUAAUUACUUAAAAAUAAGUGUUUUGUUGGUUAAAUGAGGAUCAACAGUUGCUUUUCAGUAGCUGCCUGCCAAUGUGAUGUUUUGAUACUGUGUACAUUCACAAUGUGCAUGAGGUGUAUUGGAUUUGCCGUGGCGGUCAUUAGAAUAACCUCAUCUUUGUGCUGCAUAGAGAAAGAAGCAUGCCUCUCACCUCUACGAGCACAAUACUGUAGUACGCUGACAGUCUGUAAACACUGUCAAUCAUAAAGUGUUAUUAUUAUUAUUUUGUAUAUCCUUUUCAAACUGUGGCGAGUGUCCUUGAAGGAAAAGAAACACGGUGGAUCCUGCCUGGCUGUGUUUCAGCACAGAGUGAAUCUCAUCUGACAGGCUGCAGGAUCUUCAUGCUCGUUUAAAUGGUUCAUUUUUCAGUUUGUCGAAGCUCAAGCUUUCUCCUCUGCCAACCGGCUUUGACAGAAACGGGUUGUGAGGGAGAGAAAGGGCUCCAAUUGUAUAUUUUGGUUAUCAGAGUUAAGGGGAGGGGUUGUCAAAAAUGGACUGUUUCACCAAUGUAAAAUUUGUAUGUAAGAUACAUAAUAUUAAAAAUAAAUAAACAUUGA